AUGAAGGCCUAUUGGUAUGACAAUGCUCCUGGCGACCAACGCGACGACCACGACUCCGGCCGUCCAGUCGAAAACUCCUAUCUCGAAAGCCUGGGCGUGGUCUACCGACGACUCCCCCAAAUCUCCGACGUCGACGCUCUUGCCAAGGAACGAGGAUACAAAAACCGCGAUGAAAUAACCGUUUCACCGGACAAAAUGGGCGCUAUCUACGAGGAGAAAGUGAAGUCUUUCUUCAGCGAGCAUCUCCACGAAGACGAGGAGAUCCGCUAUAUUCUUGAUGGAGAUGGAUACUUUGAUGUGCGCAGUGCCGACGAUGCUUGGGUGCGCAUUCGACUGCAGAAGGAUGAUCUUCUUAUUCUCCCGGCGGGCAUUUAUCACCGCUUCACGACCGAUUCUAAGAACUACAUAAAGGCCAUGCGUCUGUUCCAAGACGAGCCUAAAUGGACUCCUCUCAACCGUGGCCCUGAUGUCGAUAGCAACCCUCACCGUCAAGCCUAUCUCCAGAACAGAAUGACCGUGGUUGCGUGA